AUGGCACCAUUCGAGAGUGUGUCAUCUACUAUCAAUAUGCUAUCAUCAUCGAUUUCUCAAAAUGUCUGCGCGGCGUUUUUUUAUCAAAGUUGUGCACUAUUGAAUUCACAAAUCCUAGAUUUUCAGGUAAAAAUGUCGGGAUCGUCGACAACCACCGCGACAACAACAACAGCGAAGGCGUUCGAAAAUGAUUAUGGAGAUUUUAGUCAGUUCAAAAAAGGAAAACCAGCAAAACAAACACUCGGUGAGCACAUAUAUCUUCAAUAUCUCUUGGUCUCUGGAAUCUACAUGCUGGAACCUUGGGAGCAACGUCUUUUCAACUGGAUUAUCAUUUUUGCUCUCACUGCCUUCACUGCUCUAAUCACAUACUUUGUCGUCUAA